UAACUGUCAGUAACUUCAACUGUCAUAACAAAAAACCUAACCUCUAUUUCUGAAAGUAAAUAGACAUUAAAUAAAACAAAGAAUUAUAGAUCUAUUUUACGUGAUUAAGAUAAUUUCACACGGAAGAAAGAAAAAUCAAUAUUAGCUAGUGCCCGUAGACAUGUUUCAAUAUAUUUAUCUAAAUAGGCUGAAAUAAAGUAACUUAAUAAAUUUCUGAAGAUAAAACUAAUGGCUGAAAUUCGAGGAACUGCUCAUACGCCCCUGAAACAAUUUAAAAAGAUUCCUAUUUAUGUCGUCGAAGAACACAAUGAUGCAUUACAGUUCAUUUAUUCAGCCAUUGGUGGCAAGAAGUUACCAUUAGAGGGAACGACUCUCCUACACUUAGAUGCGCAUCCAGAUAUGCUAAUUGAUCGCAAAUUGAAAGGAGAGGAAGCACGUUCAGGGAGACAAGUUUUGCCGUUAUUACAAAUUGAAAACUGGAUCGUGCCAGCAGUGGCCGCUGGACAUAUCGACCGAGUAGUGUGGCUGCGUCCGCCUUGGGCAGGACAGUUCCGCGACGACACACGCGCUAUACAUGUCGGAGACCACCCUACAACAGGCGAGCUUCGAGUAGAUUGCAAGGAACCAUAUUACCUCUCUGAUGCUUUAUAUUCAUCGAAACUAAUCAAUAAGAAAAAGUUUAUUUUUACGACAGCAGAACUUUCUGAUUCCGCGCUCGCUGAAGAUCAUAACAACAUACAAAAAUUAGUAACGCACCUCAACAUUACGCAGCCGUAUGUUCUCGACAUCGAUUUAGAUUUUUUUAGCACAGGAAAUCCUUUUCUCUCAUUAUAUGAAAACAUAAAAGUUUACGAUCGAUUGCAACCGAUAUUUGAUUUCAAACUUCCCGAUAACGAUGAAACUGAAACAAUCGAUAAAGUUGUUGAAUCAAGAGAACGACAACUUGAAGAACUUGAAAACUUGUUCCAACACUUGGAAAAGUUUGAUAACUUGGAUGAAUACGAAGGCGAACAAUCUCACACGUAUCACAUGGUAGCCGAUUUAGCCGCUGCUAUAAAUGAAGAGGCUAAGAAGUUGAAUGAGAAGCCCGAUUGGUGGGCUGUUUUUGCAGGAGGAUGCACACGUGAUCAAGGAGGGUUACCUUACCACAUAAGUACCGAACAAGAAAUACAGAGACUAGUUAAGGAUGCACUAGUGCCAUUAUUAAAGAACAUACCUCCGCCUAUUCUUAUAACAGUUGCAAGAUCUACUGAUGAUGGCUAUUGCCCACCUCAUCAGGUGGAGUACAUACAAUCCCUUGUGUUGGAGACUUUAAAAGAAAUGUAUGAUGCAGAUGACCCCGCUUUGCAUUACCUUACUGUUAAUACCUUUUAAUGUAGAAACGAGGUUUCCGCUGCCACUAAAUGCGAGAGUUGUACGAAAAUCUGUUUGUUGUUGAGUAAUAAAAGUAAAUAAUUACA